GUAAAUUCCACUGUGAUGUUAACGUCGUAAUAACACUCAUCAGGCCAUGACCCAUCCAUGCAGAGCUGGCAAAAGCUCCCCUUGGGUACUUCACAUCUCAGAAUUUCGCUUUCCUCUCAUUUUUUUGGGAUCCGAGGAAACGGAUUUCCCCUCUCUCUCUCUCUCUCACACAAUCUUUCUCUCUCUUCUGCUGACAAAUGGCCACCAAGCUUUCACGAGAUGCCCAAGUUCAACCCUUGUAGUACUUUUUAAGAGGGUGCGGAACACCGUGAGAGGGGAAUCAGGGGAGUGUGGUUUUAGACAGGAGAGAAGGAGGAGAUGGAUGUGAGAGCGAGGAAAAGCAGAGAGGGAAGCCCAGGAAGUGCUCGAGUAUAUGUGCAGCCCAAGUUGAAGGCUUUUAAGAAAGUUCAGAUCUUGUAUUAUCUGUCCAGAAAUGGCCAGCUUGAGCAUCCCCAUUUCAUGGAGGUUUCUCACUUAGCCAACCAACAGCUUCGUUUAAAGGAUGUAAUGGACCGGCUAACGGCUCUUAGAGGCAAAGGCAUGCCUUCCCUCUUCUCUUGGUCCUGCAAAAGGAACUAUAAGAACGGGUAUGUCUGGAAUGAUUUAACAGAGAAUGAUGUUAUAUAUCCUUCUGAAGGGGGAGGCGAGUACGUUCUUAAAGGGUCUGAGCUCAUUGAAGGCUGUGCUGAGAGAUUUCUACAGCUGCAAGUAAGUAACAGACAACGAAAUCCAGAACCAAAUUUUCAUUCUAAACGAAAGCCAGUCUCUGUACCUCAUCUCAGAGAAAGAGAACAAGAUUUAGUGGGUUAUACGAGAGAAGACGAAGUAGACGAAGAAGAAGAAGACGAUGAGGAAAAGGGAAGCAACAGCAGUUCCCAUGAACCUUACUCCAGAUGCUCAAGAGGGGUUUCCACAGACGAAAUCAUUGAAGAACACAAGACCCAACCCAAGACUCAUAACAUUAACAACAAUCCCACAGAGCUCUCGUUAGACGAUGCUUCCCCUCCCUCAACUUCUUCAACCCUUUCAGAGAAAGCUCACGACAACAAUGGUAACUCUGAAAAGCUCCGAGAAGACUAUUCUACUUCUGUCGCUGAACCAAUAGUGGGAGGUAGGAACAAAGUUCUGCUUCAGCUCAUCGCCUGUGGCAGCUCUGUUGCUACCAAAGGAUUAAAGAACACUCCUUGUCUGAAGCAUCAGACGAGCACUAAUGUGAGGAAGAGUAGUAGUAUCCUUCAUAGAGGGGUCCUCUGCAAAUCAGCUGCGUCAAAGAUCAUGGAAGAGGAAGAGAUGGAAAUCAAAUUCAUGUCUGAGAACCCAAGAUUUGGAAACCCACAAUCUGAAGAGAAGGAAUACUUCAGUGGAAGCAUUGUUGAGUCUAUGACCGAAGAUCGAGUUCUUCCCGUGGAGCCUGCUCUGAAGAAGUCUUCCUCGUAUAACCAAGAAAGGAGUUUGAAGACUGGAUUGGGAGAAGCAAUAAUGGAGGUGGAGAAGGAAGAUAAGGUGGAGAAAGGAGUGAUAGGGAAAUGCAUUCCUAGGAAGAAAUCAUCUUCGAAGCCCACCAAGAAAUGAAUGAAGUGAAGGAAGUGGCUGUUGGGUCUCUGAUUAAUGGAUCAGUUUGGCUUAGAGCUUAGGGGGUGGGAGUUUUCUCUUUUAUUAUUAAGGUGUAGACAUCCUCUCUGAUUCACUCUUUCUAGUCUUUCAUGUAAAGGGUAAAGAGGACAGUGGCUGGUGGAUUUUCACUUUCUUAAUUGUGUUGUAGUGAUAAUAUGAUGAUGACUUCAGGGCUCCA